ACCAUGCUGAACGUGCUGCUGCUGUGCUGCGGGCUGCUGCAGGGCAUCCAGGCCAUCCUCGCCACCGACCUUGGCCGUGGCCACCUGCAGAAGGGGAGUGUUGGGCUGGAGGGGACGGACAGAGCCCGUUACUCCAGCCUGCUCCGGAAAGUCAAGGAGGUGUCUGCUGAACCAGCCGGAGCUCUACCCAGGCUGGGCUUUGAGCAGAUGGCCCUGGAGGUCCAAGAAUCUGAUGGUGACCUCAUGCAGAGAGGUGGCAGCAUGCUGGAACCCCAGGCAUCGUCCACAGAAGUGCAGGCUGCAGGCCGAGAAGAGCGUUCCCCCCGCCGCUGCGUCCGCCUCCUGGAGUCCUGCCUGGGCCACCAGGUCCCCUGCUGCGACCCCUGUGCCACCUGCUACUGCCGCUUCUUCAACGCUUUCUGCUACUGCCGGAAAAUCGGCACCAGUUUCCCCUGUGGCAAGAACUAG